CUUGUCCGCCAUGAUUUCAACGUGCUCUAUUGUGAUUCAUGAUCGCCUGAUAUCUCUUUCAGCUGCUUACUUCUUCCCCUCAUUUCGCUGCGCGGAUUGAAGCUAUUGAAUAUGUCUUUCCCCUACGACGGCUCCUAUUUUACCUUCCGCCUAGACCCUGUGGCAUCCCUGCAGGACAUCGAGGACGAAGAAGUCGUCGAGUUUGCUCGUACAAUAUCGCCCAAGGUCUAUGUGGGCUGCACUCUUGAAAGCGUAGGCGCCCCUCAACUCCCGCCGGUGUACGGAACGGCAUACAUGGCUGUCGUUCAACAAGGUCUCCCACCUGACAAGCCGGAGGAGUUUUUCGAGUCUCGGAUGUGUGUUCCUAUCCGACCCAACACAGAACACCCAGAGGGCCGCCGAUCUGCUCAUUGCUGCCACCCGCUGCCGUGGGCUGGAUGUUAUCACACCGCGCUGCAUCAUAUGCGCGUGCGGAUCAGGACUGAGGACCGUCCCAUUGACCCUCCUCAUUCUCUGGGCCCCGGCGAAUGCGUGGCAGUCAGCGCUAUGCUCGAAGAAGACGCGCAGCGACGACAGUGCCUACGCGAAUGUGCAGCAAAGGGAGUUACGCCGCUGCCUGCUGCUCUUGGCGAGAUGGCUCUCUGCGCUAUUGAAGUUGCCGACGAAGAACUUUCAGACGUCCCUUACUGGCAGAUCCGGGCUGCCGAGAAAGCUCAGAACCUAGGAGGCCCUCCUGAUGAGGACUACGACAGGGAGCGUGACAUGGCCUUCGGGGACGCUUUGAGCAGUCACUCCGACGGCGCCUGUGGUCCCUCAGGUACCGACGAAGGGUCUGGCUUACAUUCGAUGCAUUCCCAGAACCCGGGUCAGGACGAUGCUUCGGCGGUACACACGAUCCCAGCCGUCGACAAUAUUGCGGAUAUCGAGCGCGACAUUCUCGCUAUCAUCAACUUCAAAUCGGACCUGCGUGAUGUGUCGCCGGUCAUCGUACCUCUCUCGUACGACCUCAGCACCUUGGAUGCGCCCCCUUCACCAUCUGGAUUUAUGGAGGAGCUGGAGGCUAUCAAUAGGAUACGAUCAGCAUAUGAAGAGCGCGUCCGUCGCCGGAAGGACGAGGUGCGACGUUGCGACGACGAAUACAUAGCCAGUAUUGAAGCGCGCCGAGCCGCCACGAGCACCGCUAAGUCUCGGGAUUCGUCUACAUCACCAAGGCGUAUCCCGCUCGCGGAGAGCAUGCUCAAGUGGCCAAUCUCGGCGGUCUUCUUGCGACUCACCGAUAGGCUGAAAGCUCGCUUAGGUGCGUUAGAGUGUCUCUGCGCCAGAGAUCCUCAUCCUCGGCGAGCAAGCCAUCGUCAAAAGCGAAAACGAGGAGGUUGAGUGUGCAGCUGCUCUCGUCUGCUCGGAAGUCCUAUGAGCCGUAAAAAACCGGCUGAGCUGUCGGUCUAACGCUAUCGCCCGUGUACCAUAUGUGCCAAAUCAGUAAUAGCUCACUGCUGUCGACGUCACGACGUCCGUGCGCCAUGCCUUCCAGUCGAGUCAGAAAGCGAGACGCAACCGCGAAACUCGACCAGCUUGCCGAU